AUCAUUUGGGGCCGCAAAUAUUAUUAUUAUAUUUUUUUUUCUUUCAUCCAGAAUCCUCUCUGCCUCGGCUCGCCGGAGAGAACCUCCCAUUCCAGCCUACGAAUUCCCCCCCUCCUCUUCCCCGUUCAAGAAAGGGUAUCAUUCCAACUUCUUCUUCCCCAGCCAUCCGCCCGUCUUCCGACGGCGCUGAUGGCGGUUUCGACCAGCUCUUCGCCUCCUCCGGCCAUUCUUCAGGCCGCAGAUCGCCGCCGUGCGGUCUCCCCUUCCUCCUCCGGUUCCGUAACUAAGGUGGCCGACGACGAAACAGACACUAAGACGCUGCUCUCCAGGGACGCCAAUUUGGUUUCUGCACAGCAUCACCACCACCAACAGCAACCGCGUCGACGUACGGUGGCAAAGCUGAGACGGCCGCAGAGGCAGAAGUCCUUCCGUCAAGACAUCGGCCACGCAGCCUGCGAAACUUACCUCGUCACUCGACUCGCAAUCAAGCUUCUCCGAUACCUCGGGUAUUAUUAUAUUCUCUGCCAUGAGAGCUGGGAUUGGAAAUGUUGGCAUGAGUACUAGCCACUAGGCUAGGCUGACCUUGACGGAUACGCCCGUCAGUGUCUGUGCUUUUUCUGUUUCGACGCUUCUCUCUCAGUUAGGUUGCGACGAUCCUGUGGAAUUUGAGGCUAGGUUAUCGAUGGAUCACGAGAUUAGCCGCUCUUGCCCUUUAUGCAAUGCUUCUAAUGCCUGGCUUCCUUCAAGUUGCAUAUUACUACUACUUUUCAAGCCAGGUGAGGCGUAGCAUCACAUAUGGUGACCAACCCAGAAACCGGCUGGAUCUACAUUUUCCUGCAAACAUUGAUGAACCAAAGCCAGUGGUCAUUUUCGUAACUGGUGGUGCUUGGAUUAUAGGGUACAAAGCAUGGGGUGCAUUUCUUGGGAAGCAGUUGGCAGAGAGAGACAUCAUUGUCGCAUGCAUCGAUUAUAGUCAUUUUCUUCCUUAUGCAGAAAUUUUCCCCAGGGAACAAUAAGUGAUAUGGUAACAGAUGCAUCUGAAGGAAUCUCGUUUAUCUGCAGCAACAUCUCUGCAUAUGGCGGCGACCCUGACAGGAUCUAUCUAAUGGGGCAAUCCGCUGGUGCACAUAUUUCCUCAUGUGCUCUCUUGGAUCAGGCUUUUAAGGAGGCAAAGGGAGAGAAGGGCACAUGCUGGAGUGUCUCCCAAAUGAAAGCCUAUUUUGGUUUAUCUGGAGGGUACAACCUAUUAAAGUUGGUUGACCAUUUCCACAACCGUGGUCUGUAUCGCUCCCUUUUCUUAAGCAUAAUGGAGGGUGAGGAAUCACUGCCUAAAUUUUCGCCUGAAGUUAAACUAAAAGAUCCAAGUGCCAAAGCUGCCGUUUGUCAUUUGCCGCCCAUCGUCCUUUUUCAUGGAACUGCAGACAGAUCAAUGCCACCAUGCGCGAGUGAGGAUUUUGUAGAUGCUCUUCAAAGCUUAGGGGCUAAGGCGGAGCUUGUUCUGUACAAAGGAAAAACUCAUACUGACUUGUUUCUGCAAGAUCCUUUGAGAGGUGGCAAAGACGACUUGUUCGAACACAUAGUGGCCGCAAUACACGCUGGGGAUGCAGAAGCUCUUGCCAAAGAUGCCAAGGCACCUGCAAGGAGACGGCUGGUUCCAGAGGUUUUGUUAAGGUUGGCUGGGCACAUCAGCCCAUUUUAGGUCGUCGAAAAACUAGUGUGUUUGUUUGGGAAGAGAGAAGCGUAAUGGGGGGCUCUCCUCUGUGUAGUCAAGCUUUAUAUGUAGUAGGAUUGUUACUGCGGCUGCAGAUGCUGUAAGCCUGUAACAUAAUUGUUGAUGCAUCGUUCCUUUUCUAUUUUUAUGUCGAUGGUACAUCUUCCUCAUUGCGGUUUCCUUGAUUAUCUUUUUUUUUUUUUUUUGUGGGUACAAAUGGAAAAUAAGAAACAAAUUCAGCA